AUGCAUCAUCCUAUCCCCACCCACGAGUCCGGCGAGCGACUCCUCGCCGAAGCUACAUCCCGGAAAAAGCAUUCCAAACAGUAUGUCAUAGCCUGUCCAACUACUACGUUGAUUGUCCUUUUCAUCGUAGUCACCGCAUCCACAUACGUGCUAGGAUAUUUCACAGGCCAACACGUUCAAGACUCGAACUCACUCUGCGCGCUCCGCACAUCCAAAUACUCCCCACUGGUCAAAACCAUCGGCAUCAAAUACUAUGACCAGACCUUCAAUGGCUCGUUCCUAAAAGAGAACAUCUUCCGCCAGGAGGCCAGUCCUGCCGUCGACGCAGCGUGGGACUCCAUAGGAGUGAAUUACCGCGGAAUCCGCAUAUCCGUCCAAAAAGCCUUCAAAUCCGGCCUCUCCAAAGACCACGUUCAGAUCAGUCCCAGCCACGGCGGUGGGUUUCCCGCGCACGUCGAGGGCCUGCACCAUCUUCACUGUCUGAACCUUCUCCGCCAAGCACUCUACUACAACUACGAGUACUACCGUGCACGCGGCGACGGCUCUUUCAAGAACGAGGGGUAUAUUGUGCGCAAGCAUAUCUCGCACUGUCUCGACAUCCUCCGCCAACAGCUCAUGUGCACAGUCGACUUUGGAAUCUUCGGGCAGAUCUGGGUGUAUCCUGACCACCCGGAGCCGUUUGUCGACUUCAACUCGGUGCAUGUGUGUCGCAAUUUUGAGGCUGUGCGCGAGUGGGCGGAGAGGAAUCAGUUGCCGGAGAAGGUGUCGGGCGAGUUUCUGAUACGACCUGCAAAGGAAAGUGUAUAUGAUGAGAUCCCUUGA